AAAGAAUAGGUCUCUGUUGACCCAGUUUAUACAAAUGAGAACAUACAACUUUUCAAUGCUCUGGAGACGUAGCAGCUCGUUCCGGCAAGUACUGCCGAAAUUUCCGUAUCCAAGUGCUAUGAAUAUAAAUCGGCAUCAGGUGGUUAAGCCCCGACCACCGCCGAUGUCAUCCGAUGCUUUGGCGCAAAUGUAUCCCAAUAAAUAUAUGACUUCCAAACUGACUAGACCCAAAUCCAAAAAACGUAUUCCCUAUCUGUCUGAUGAUAAGGACACAAUUGUGGAUGAGUCGCAGGAUAAUGCGAAUAAAUCAUCGUUGCUGCAGUCGGAGCAGCUUCGCAAGUUGAUGUUUAAAAGCGACUCGGAUGAGCCAGAGUCUAGUGAUAAGCCCAUGGAUCUAUAUGGCCAAUGGCAGCUGAAGAUAACGCCAAAGCAACAGCGGCAACAAAAGGAGCUGAAAUCACAUGGGGAAUCACAAAGCUCACUGAAGCAACAACAGCAACAUCAACAUCGAUCAAAGCAUCAGAGACAACAGCAAAAAGAAGAUGUGGUGAUAUCAACAACCUUAUCAAAACCACGACCUGCGAAACAUUUACAACCACAACAACAACAGCAACAGGAAAAAAGUAAACAGCAACAGCAUAAAGAAGAAAAGCAGGUGGAAAAACAAGUGUCCCUGGGCGAUUUUGGAAAAAAGUUAAAAGUCCAGCAUGAAAAUAUGCAAAAGAUAAAGGAACGGGAUCGAAAAUUAAAGGAUCAUGUGGAGAAAUUAAAGGUAUUCGAUCGAAUGAAUCGACUCUUGAAGCAACAGCAGGAGCAGGAAGAUAAGGAACUCAUGCCAUACAAACCGGUGAUCAGUCGUGCAAAGGAUCGAAGUCAUUUCAAUCGGUUAAACUCGCCAAGGAGCCACACUAAAGUCGUCACUGAGCAACUGCGCUCUCCACAUCCAAUGCAUCCCGUUUAUACGUCCCGAUUCAAGCAACCACUUGACUUUGCACCCUACACACCGACAAAUGCACAGUCGGAUAACGGUGAUGUUAUGGUUACCAAACAGCACUACAAGUCGUCCACUCCCAAACUCAGUCCUGUGACCGAGUUUCAUAAGGAUAAAGCUGCCGCAUUGGAGACGCAUCGCAUGGAAUUGGUGAAUAGCCGUGAGUCGGCCUUGUGUAAUUUGUGUAAACAAAUGAAUCGACAGAACAAGUCCAAAUUUUAAUCUUAACUCCUCUCCCCCCCCCCUUCAACCACAUGCUUUAAUCGAUUUACUAUCAAACAUGUACUUGAUUCAUUUAACCGUUAUAAGUGUAAAUCUUUUGUCUUUGUGCAACAUUUUAUUCGUUCUAAGUAUUUUGUUAGUAUAAAUAAAUUGACACAGUCAGCAUCUCUACCUAAAAA